CAGUCGCCGCUCCUCCUCUCCCACCACCAUUUAUCUUCCCCCCUCCUCCUCUUCCCCUCUUCCACUCUCUUUCAAUCACCUAUUGCAACGCAGUCACCCCUCGUUGCAGCUGCUUGCAGCGUCACUGUCCUUCCCCACAGCUGGCUCAACACCAGCAAGUCACCCAACCCCCCCCCCCCCCCGAGUCAUCGCUCUCCACAACCCCGCCCUUGAUAAGGCGGUGACGAAGCGUCAACCAACCCAAGCAACAAACGACCAGUCAUGGUCGUCAUCAAGGCCACGCUGCGCGACGAGACGCGCCGUCUCAGCUUUGACGCGCGCGGCUUCCCCCCGUACGAGGAGGUCCAAGAGAAGCUUCGCGCCAUCUUCGACCUUCCCUCGACCGCCCACCCCUUCUGGGUCAACGUUCUCUUCUUCCCCGACGACUCUAAGCCGUCGCGUAUCAAGUUCAAGCAGCACGUCUGUGACUCUGCCGAAUACGAGCUUGCCCAGCAACCGUUCCUCCGCGUGAACGGGUUCCCCAACCCCAUGCUGGUCUUUACUGUCCUCCUGUCGUCCGACCCCCGUCUUUCGGAGAUUCACGACUUCCACCGCGCUGGCUCCAUGCAGAUCGAGAGCCGCGAGCUCGACGGCCGUAUCCACGCAUUGGAGAACGACCUCUGCCACCACCACCAGAUCCUCAUCUCGCUCGAGGACAAGCUCGAGAACUGUCGCAAGGAGGGCGACGAGCUCGGCGUCUCGUUCUGGUCGGACCGCGUCGAGGAGAAGCGCCGUACCAUCCCGCCCCUCGAGGAGAAGCUCCGCGAGGCUCGCACCAACAAGCGUCUUAUCGUCGAGGACCUGAGUGACUCGCGCGACGGUGUCACCUUCCGCCAGUGGGCGGACAACAAGGAGCUUGACGACAUGCGCAGCCUCCAAGAGACCGACCAGGAACUUGCUGCAUGGCAGAUUGAGAACAGCGAUGUCGACACCUCGGCGUUCCCGCCCCUCGAGACAGUGCUCCGCAACUCGUCACGCCACCACCACCACCACGGGCACCGUCACCACCACCGCCACACGUGGGCGCCGCCCCCUGGCCCUCCUCCCGGAUUCCCUCGCCCUCAGCGCCCUCCCGUCGGUACUGCUGGUCUGCAGAGCGUUCGCGAGAUCCUCCACACGGCCGGUGAGACUGCCCCUGCGCGCGAGAUUGGCGCCAUUCUGGACCGCUUCCUCGUUCACUUCCAGGGCCAGCUUGUGGAGACCCUCGAUGGCUUUGCGGCCCGCAUUGCUCCUACCCCGGCUGCCGAGGCCACGGGUGCCGCCAACGCCGAGGACGCCCCAGAGGCUCGUAUCCCCGGCGCCUUUGUUGCCGUGCCCUCCGAGGCCCAGCCCGCCACCUCCAAGGCCGAGGACGCCUCGCCCAAGGACAAGGAGGCCAAGCCCGCUGGGAAGCUCGGAAAGGGCGGCUUCCGUCACAAGCACAUUACUUGCGAUGGGUGCCUUACCGGUAUCCGUGGCAUGCGCUACAAGUGCGAGCAGUGCCCCGACUACGACCUGUGUGGCUCGUGCCUGCCACUCCUUCACACGUCCGACCUGCACCCGGCAACGCACACGUUCCGGACCAUGCUCCACCGUGGACUCGAGGAGCGCAUCAAGUUCACCACCAGCGGUGCCGAGUCGCAGCGCCCCUCGCACCGCUCGACCCCUCACCCCGCCACCUGCGAUCUCUGCUCGCAGACGAUUAUUGGUGUUCGUUGGAAGUGCCUCAACUGCCCUGACUGGGACUGCUGCAGCACGUGUGCCAAAUCUGUCGACAACACGCACCCGGGCCACAGCUUUGUCAAGCUUCACAAGCCGACCGACUACGUCACGAGCCCUUCGUGGGACGCUCGCUACAAUGUCAACCACCCAUUCGUCAUCUGUGACGGCUGCAACGUGACCAUCCGUGGCCCGCGCUUCAAGUGCAUGCACCCCGACUGCCCCGACUAUGACCUCUGCGAGAAGUGCGAGUCGGCUCCUGUGGCUGUGCACCCCGAGACGCACCCCAUGCUCAAGACCAAGACGCCUCUGCACGUAAAGGUUCAGUCGACCUUUGACCCUGUGAGCGAGCGCAAGGACGAGUCUGUUCGAUACCGCGUAUCUAACCGCGACCGUAAGGCUCCCUCGGCCAAGCGUUCGUCUACUCGCACCGAGCCUACUGCCGCCACCCAGGGCGAGUCGAGUCGCGCUGGCAGCAUCCGCGACGUUCGCAACGUGACCACCGAUGACUGGAAGCAGCGCGGUGGCGAGUACGCUCAGGCGCUGGACGCCCUCGUUCAGUCGAUGAGCAACAUGAACCAGCCCAAGGUCCGUGUCCGCGGUGGCUACCUUGUCUCGCGUGGCCCCACGCCCCCCAAGCCUUCGUCGAUUGUCGACGACGAGGAGAUUCCUAAGCUGCAGGCCCCCAUUGCGCCUACUGCUGCGCCGGAGCGCCUUGCCACCCCGAAGCUUGUUGGCGCCUUCCCCGUGUCGCCCCCUGUCAUGGAGCAGAAGGUGGCGGCGCCCGUCACUGUGCCAACCGUGCCGAUUGCUGCUGUCGAGUCGCUCGAGCCCCCCUACGAGGUUCCUGCUCCUCCUGUUGUCGUCGCUCGUGCCCGUGUCGACCGUGCCAGCUCGCUUCCCCCCUAUGACGCUCUCGAGCCUCCUACCGAGGCCCCCAUCUCCAAGGGCAAGGGCAAGGCACCGGUCCAGUUCGACGCGCUUGAGCCUCCGGUCGAGCCGGAGCUGACCAAGGUGACUGAGGUGACACCGGCGUACGAGUCGCUUGAGCCUCCCGUGACCAAGCGCGAGGACCCGAUCGCCAAGAUCAUCGCUUCGGCUGCCCCCAAGACUGAGACGCGCGAGGAGCGUCACGACCCGAUCGCCAGCGUCAUUGCUGCUGCCGCUGUCGCUACUCCCAAGGCCCCGGCCAGCCCCGGUGAUGUCUUUGCGUGGGUCCGCCACGCGACCAUUCCCGCGGCCACGACGCUCCCUGCUGGAGCCGAAUUCACCAAGACCUGGACUGUUCGUCACUUUGCCGACGGCUCCGACUUUGACUUUGACCAGCUGCGCCUUGUGCUCAAGACGGACGGUCUUCUCGGCAACGGGUCGGCCUCGAACGUCAAGUUUGCCUCGUCGGCUGUUGUCAAUGGCGAGGACAUGAACGUGUCGAUCGACGGGCUCGUUGUCCCCGACAUGCCCGGCAAGGAGGUGAUUGAGCUCUGGCGCGUCGAGGAUGCCAACGGCGUCCAGUACGGCCAGCCUCUGCGCGUUAGAAUCAACGUCGAGGCGACCAACUCGGGCGAGAGCUCGCUCCAGUCGUCUUCGUUCAUCCUUCCAGAGGCCCCUACUCCGGUGCAGCACACUGGAGACUCGUUCUACCUCCCCACUCCCAAGGAUGCUUCUCGCUCGCCUGCCCCUUCUGCUGCCGAGCUGAGCGAGCGCCUGAGCUCUGUCGCUCCUUCAACCGUCGACGACGACGAGGUUCACUCCAACUUUUCGUUCUCGGACGUUGACGUCGACGAGGUUGAGCACGUCGAGCCGGUGCACACGCCUGCCACUCCUGCGACCGAGGCUGUCGAGGACGACCUCGCCGACGACUACGACUUUGUCGACGAGACGGCGAGCGAGACUGAGGACGGGUUCUGAGGCGCGAGCGCGCGCGCAGUGCGACGCGACGCGACAUGUCCGAAGCAAACAUGACGUGAGACUCGAUUUGAUUGUAAAGAUUCGUAUCCGAUGACAUCUGUUGUGCGA